GUGCAGGGUGCACCAUACAGCAGACAACAAUCCCCGGACUAGCAACAACCGUGCGAUCAACGAUCCAUCGCAUCAAACUCACAUUUCAUUCAUUGAUUGUAAAACAACAACCACGUUACAAAAUUCAACGACUCCAUUCCCAAUCCAAUCCUCACCGAAACCCUAAUCAGCUCCUUCACUUCCCUUCUUCAUCCACCGUCUCUCAAUCUCCUCUUCAUUCCUCUUUUGCCUCAACCUGAAAGAUACUGUUGGGCUAGGGCCAACUAAUGAUAGGAUUUCCAAUUUAUGCAUAAGUUUGAUUCUUUUUCAUAGAAUGGAUCCAGUGUCUGCUGAUGUGUCUAAGCCACCUCCUUUGAAAGUACCAUCUACGAUACAUCCUGCUAAAGAGGAUGAUGGUCAAGCUUCUGCUGCUGUAGCAUCUGGACAAGAUAAUUCUGCCCGUGAAGCACCGUCUAGGCUAUCUCCCACUGGCAUAUCUUCUUGGGCCAAAAAUUUAAAAGUUUCCCCGUCGUUUUCUGGAUCCCAAGACGAGUCUUCAAGUGGAAAUGUCGGGAAAUCAGCCUUUGCACGCCUUACGAGUAAUCUGGGAUUGCGGUUGUCUCCAAAGUCUCCUGUGGUAGAUGAGAAUUCCGAUGAACCUGCAGCACAGUCUAAUUUGUUUGGAAGUAUCACAAAGGGCCUGGUUGACUCUUCGAAGAAUGCGGUGAAAGCUGUGCAGGUUAAAGCACGGCAUGCUGUUUCUCAAAAUAAACGCAGAUACCAGGAAGGGGGUUUUGAUUUAGAUAUGACAUAUAUCACAGAAAACAUUAUUGCAAUGGGGUUCCCUGCUGGUGACAUGAGCUCUGGGUUUUUUGGUUAUGUUGAAGGAUUUUAUAGAAAUCAUAUGGAAGAAGUGAUCAAGUUUUUUGAGACUAACCAUAAGGACAAGUACAAAGUGUAUAAUCUCUGUUUGGAGCGGCUGUAUGAUGCAUCGUUGUUUGAGGGCAAGGUGGCUAGCUUCCCAUUUGAUGAUCAUAAUUGCCCACCGAUUCAACUGAUUGUAUCUUUUUGUCAAAGUGCUUACUCAUGGUUGAAACAAGACAUUGAGAAUGUGGUGGUUGUCCACUGUAAAGCUGGAAUGGCCAGGACAGGGUUGAUGAUUUCCAGUCUUUUACUAUUCUUAAAGUUUUUCCCAACUGCUGAGGAGUCGAUGGAUUAUUAUAAUCAGAAAAGAUGUAUUGAUGGAAAAGGACUUGUUCUGCCUAGUCAGAUUAGGUAUGUCAAGUACUUUGAACGGAUCUUGACUUACUUUAAUGGCGAGUGUCCACCUCCCCGCAGGUGCAUGCUUAGGGGAUUCCGGCUUCACAGAUGUCCUUACUGGAUCCGGCCCUCUAUAACCAUUUCAAAUCAUAAUGGUGUGUUGUUCUCCACCAAAAAGCAUCCAAGAACCAAAGAUCUUUUGCCCGAAGAUUUUUGGUUUACUGCACCAAAGAAGGGAGUUAUGGUCUUUGCUUUGCCCGGAGAGCCUGGUCUCACAGAGUUGGCUGGUGACUUCAAAAUUCACUUUCAUGAUCGCCAAGGAGAUUUUUACUGUUGGUUAAACACAACUAUGACAGAAAACAGGAAAGUUUUGACCACCAAUGAUCUCGAUGGCUUUGACAAGAGAAAAUUGCCUUCUCCAGGAUUCCAGGUUGAAAUUGUGCUGGUGGAUUAUAAUGGCAAUGUUGUAACUUCCGAUGCUGAAGCUACAAAGAAAUCUGACGAGAGUUCAAGUAAAAGUCCUGCCCCAGCUGAGGUGAGCACCCCCGCACCAAAUGCAGACAAAGAGUCUAGGGAUGGGGAUCAAGACAAAGAUGAUGAUGUAUUUUCAGAUGGUGAGGCAGAGCAUCCCGUUUCUUCAAGAAACAAGCAAACAAAGGCACCUUCUGAAGCAGUUGAAACAGCCACCAAAGAGUCCGAGGCGAACAAAACUUCAAAUCAAAUAACAAAUAUAACGCAUGCAACAGAACAAGUUUCUUUGGGUAAUAAGAACUCUACACCAAGUCAUAGUACUGGUCAGCCGAAGAAUGAUGUUGGUGGAAAAACUGUGUCCGGUCUUGACGGACCCAGCUCAGAAAGUGAGUUUAAGGCCAUGGCAGCAGAUGCUUCUGUCUUUACAUUCGGAGACGAUGAAGACUAUGAAAGUGAUUGAAGUUCAACAGGGUUGCCCUAUGCUAUCUCUAUACUUCAUAUCUGUACAUAAUAUUGCCUGCAACUCUGUAUUCAACAAUAUCAUGUUCAUCCAUUUGUUUGUUUGUUUGUUUGUUGUAAUGGUAAAUCUGGCAACAGUCACUGGCAAUGCAGUAAUUGAAAAUAAGAAUGAACUCAUUUUUUGUUA